AUGACCCUCCUUGCCCUAGCAAACGAGUUGCUUCUGUUGAUCGCCGAAACCCUUGAGUCGGAGAAAGAUAUCAACGCUGUGGUCCAGACAAACCAUCGUCUCUAUGCCCUCCUCAAUCCUUACCUGUAUCAGCAUAAUCGACGUCACUCGGGGAGCUCGGCGCUGAGAUGGGCAGCUACUGCGGGGCAGGUUAGCACGGUUAGAAGGAUUCUGGAGCAGAAAUAUGAAAUCGAGUCGAGAAGUGCCAAGGUGCAGCUGGACUGCGAACAUCUGAUGAUCGUCGCGAAUUUGGUGGAUUCGAUCAAUCAGCCUAUUGAGAAUCUCAAUUGA